ACACGGUAAUGCGGUCAAUUCCUCGCGCGUCCCCUCCCAACUCGCCCAAGCCCUUGGAGCGAAGAGCAUCUCUCUCUCUCCCUCAUCACCUGGCUCCGCUACGCCAUCUUGCAGCUUCCCUCCCUCCCUUCCUCUAUAAAACCACCAACAGCUUUCGCCUGCCACCCAAUCUUCCCGAAUCUUCCCUUCCGCCGCCCGCAGCCCGCACCCUCACCUCCUUCCCUCUUCCCCCCUCCGUUUCGCCGCGUGCUUGCUGAAGCCAGAUGGCGGGCGCGGAUCCCGGCGAAAAGCCGCCGCCUCCUCCUGCCGCGGCGCCCGGCGGCGGCGACUCCUCCCUUCUCGGUGCAGGCGGGCGGAGUGGUUCGGAGACGGGGGUUCGGGGGCUUGUGGUUGGGGCGGAUCCUCCGCCGCAGGCGCAGCUGCGGCCGACGGGGAGGAGGGCGCCGCACGAUCGCGUCACCGGCGAGCAGGAAGAAUCGCGGCGCCCGACGCCGACGGCCUCGGUCACGGGACAGCGCGUGGGCGACGAUGCCAUCCCUUCUACGGCGGCGCUGCACGCCGUCACGGCCCGUUUUCUGGCGAACCUCCCCGUCGUCGACCAAGCUUCUUCUUCCGCGCCGGUCCCCGCGCGCCAGCCCAGCACGGAGGCGAUGCCGACAGCAUCGGAACUGCUCGACGUCCCCAAGUCCAAGGAGUGCCUACUCGACACGCGUCCCGGCUCGGAGGAUGCCCUCGUCUACAACUCGCUGCUCGGUGACGGGAGCGCAACCUCUGCACUCGCUCAAGUCUGCAGGAGGGCUUCGGUGUCGGUGCCGGGGAUGAGCGAGUCCGAGACGGGGGUUCGAGGCUUGGCGGCGGCGCCAACACCGGCACGUCUGUUGCCGUUCCAGUUCCUCCAGGCGAGGGGAUUCCGAUAUGAGUGGGAGGAGCCGGUGCCGGGGUCGUCGGCGGACCCGCCCUUCACACAGGUGAGGCCGCGCGGCGACGUCGGCGUGAUCGGCGACAGGAGGCCACGAAGGGGAGCCGCAGAUGUUCUAGGCUUGGAUUCUGCCGCGACGACGACCAUGGUGUCGCGAGCUCUGGGCGCGCAGCUGGAGCGGGCGCUGCAGCCGCACGGCGCAGUGGUGGGACGAAAGGGGUUCGUGCAACCUGACCGUGACCGCAGGCUCGCCCUCGCCUCCCAUGGGUGCCACAGCAGGGCACCCUCGCCGGCAAAUAACUUCGUCAUGAUCUCGCGAGCUGACGUUGAUCGCGGCUGGGCGGCACUUCAACAGGCGAUCAUCGAACGCGACAUGCUGAUCCGCCAGAACCACGACCUUGCUACGGCUCUCCAGGAAGCGGCCGGGCGUACCCAAGGUCUACAGCAAGAAUGUCUGUUGCUCCGCCAAGAGCUGCAACGGCACCAGACGCAGCGCGGCGGCGUGGCCGGCCAGCAUGAGUGCUGGGACUGCUUCUCCAGGCCAGCGGCGGUGGUGGCGGUUCCUUGCCUUCACAAGUGCCUCUGCCAUAGAUGCUACGUCAAGCGCCACUCGUGCCCCUUCUGCGGUCUUUGUUGGCUUAAUUCUUAGUGAGUUUGACCUUCGGUACUCGCCAGUUUGCUGCCCCUGUGAAGGUUAUGCUAUGAUUUCGCGCAGUGCUACAGUGAUGUCGGGAUGCUGCUGGGUUAGGCUAACUAGAUCAAUGAACAUGUUUCUGUCUGC